AUGCAGUUUUCGGCGGUGAAUGGUGUAAAAAUAUAUAAUCUAAGUGCUGGUAAAUCGGUUCCCGAAUGGUUAUCGGAAAGAAAACGAAGAAAAUUAAAUCAUAAAGAUAUUGAUGUUCGACGAAGAAUUCAAUUAAUUCAAGAUUUUGAUAUGCCUGAUUUAAGCGAUAAUAUUACAUUAUCCCCAGAUGGUCGCUAUAUUUUUGCAACGGGAUCAUACAAACCGUGUAUCAAAUGUUAUGACAUUGAUAAUUUGUCACUGAAAUUUUCUCGUGGUUUGGAUUCUGAUGCAAUUAAAGUUAUUAUUUUGUCUAAAGAUUUUAAAAAGUUUAUAAUAUUGGAAGAGGAGCGAUAUUUGGAGUUUCAUGCCGCUUUUGGAAGAUAUUUCAGAAUGCGAGUACCCAAAUUUGGCCGUGAUAUGGCUUUUUGCAGUGAAUCGAGUGAUCUUUAUAUCGUUGGAAAUAGCAGUGAAAUUUUUCGACUGAACUUAGAAAUGGGACGUUUCCUUGAACCGUUAAGAACGUCUUCAUCAUCUCUAAAUCGCUGCGAGUUUAACAGCCACCAUUCUUUAUUUUUGUGUGGAACAGUUGAUGGGAGGAUAGAAGCUUGGGAUCCUCGUGAUGUUAACAAAGCGGCAACUCUUGAUUGUGUAGCUUAUGCACUUGCACAGGAUGCUGAAAUUUCAACUCCCGAAAUUUCAUGUAUUAAGUUCAGUGGUGCUUUAAAGAUGGGAGUGGGAACGAGCACAGGCCGAGUUCUCUUGUAUGAUAUUAGAUCGAGUAAGCCUUUUUUGGUCAAAGACCUUAGAACAGAUUUGCCUGUGAAGAAUAUUGAUUUUGUUCCCCAUCAAAAUCUUGUGCUAAGUAUGGAUAAUCGUAUUUUAAAAAUUUGGGAAGAAAAAAAUGGUAAACCUUUUGCCGCCAUCGAGCCAGGAACAAUUCUAACUGAUUUUUGCCGAUAUCCCGAUUCAGGUCUUAUGUUCAUGGCUAACGAUGCUCCAAAAAUGCUUCAAUUUUUUGUUCCAUCCAUUGGCGUAGCUCCUAAAUGGUGCUCAUACUUGGAAUCUAUUACUGAAGAACUCGAAGAAACUGAACAGCCUGCAGUGUAUGAUGAUUACAAAUUCAUAUCGAAAAAUGAAUUGGAAUCAAUUGGUUUAUCGCAUUUAAUAGGGACGAACAUACUUCGACCAUAUAUGCAUGGAUAUUUUAUUGAUGUUCGGCUAUAUAAUAAAGCUGUCAUACUCAUGCAACCUUUUGCAUAUGAGAACUGCAAGAAACAGAAGGUUAUAGCCUUCUUUUUGUUUCUAUCUUUUAUAAAAGAUUAA